CAGUCCCCACUUUCUUCCUCCUCCUCCUCCUCCUUCCUCACCUCCCCACCCAAUCUUCCCUUUCUCCUCUAAACCUUUCAGCUGCCACGUUGAUCGCUUCUGGGCUUUGUGUAGAGGGCGGAAAAAAGAACUACGAAUAGACCCGAGGUGCUUUCCCUCUUAGCCGUAGCACGGUCCCUAUUACUAUCCCUGAGCUCCGGCCCCGGACCAUGGCUGGUUCCCGCAGCUGCCUCCGGGGCGCACCUGGGGCCGCGGUCGCCCGCAGUCGGCGCAGGCUCUGAGUCUGAGCCUGGGGGCGCCAGAGGGGGAGCGCGCGGAGAAAGUGACAGGCACACGCGCCGGCUGGGGUUUGCUGGCCGAGCCGGGGAGGAGGCGGGAAGGGGACAGCCCAAACUCUCUCAGCUUCAGCCCAGUGAUAACCUGCAGCUAUGGAGUCCCCGACCAAGGAGAUAGAAGAAUUUGAGAGCAACUCUCUGAAAUACCUGCAACCGGAACAGAUCGAGAAAAUCUGGCUUCGGCUUCGAGGGCUGAGGAAAUAUAAGAAAACAUCCCAGAGGUUACGGUCUUUGGUCAAACAAUUAGAGAGAGGGGAGGCUUCGGUGGUAGAUCUUAAGAAGAAUUUGGAAUAUGCAGCCACAGUGCUUGAGUCUGUAUACAUUGAUGAAACCAGGCGACUCCUGGAUACGGAGGAUGAGCUUAGUGACAUUCAGUCGGAUGCAGUGCCUUCUGAGGUCCGAGACUGGCUGGCCUCCACCUUCACUCGGCAAAUGGGGAUGAUGCUCCGGAGGAGCGAGGAGAAGCCCAGGUUCAAGAGCAUCGUCCACGCAGUGCAGGCUGGGAUAUUUGUGGAAAGAAUGUAUAGACGGACUUCGAACAUGGUUGGACUGAGUUACCCACCAGCUGUUAUUGAAGCAUUAAAGGAUGUGGACAAGUGGUCCUUUGAUGUCUUUUCUCUCAAUGAGGCAAGUGGGGACCAUGCACUGAAGUUUAUUUUCUAUGAAUUACUCACACGCUAUGAUUUGAUCAGCCGUUUCAAGAUCCCCAUUUCUGCACUUGUCUCAUUUGUGGAGGCCCUGGAAGUGGGAUACAGCAAACAUAAAAAUCCUUACCAUAAUUUAAUGCAUGCCGCUGAUGUCACACAGACUGUGCAUUACCUUCUUUAUAAGACAGGAGUAGCGAACUGGCUGACGGAGCUGGAGAUCUUUGCUAUAAUCUUCUCAGCUGCCAUCCACGACUAUGAGCAUACCGGAACCACCAACAAUUUCCACAUUCAGACUCGGUCUGAUUCAGCUAUUCUGUACAACGAUAGAUCUGUGCUGGAAAAUCACCAUUUGAGUGCGGUCUAUCGCCUUCUGCAAGAGGAUGAGGAAAUGAAUAUUUUGAUCAACCUCUCAAAGGAUGACUGGAGGGAAUUUCGAACCUUGGUCAUUGAGAUGGUGAUGGCCACAGAUAUGUCUUGUCAUUUUCAACAAAUCAAAGCCAUGAAGACUGCUCUGCAGCAGCCAGAAGCAAUUGAAAAGCCAAAAGCCUUAUCCCUUAUGCUGCAUACGGCAGAUAUUAGCCAUCCAGCCAAAGCGUGGGAUCUCCAUCAUCGGUGGACAAUGUCGCUGCUAGAGGAGUUCUUCCGACAGGGUGACAGAGAAGCGGAGCUGGGGCUGCCGUUUUCCCCUCUGUGUGACCGGAAGUCGACUAUGGUUGCUCAGUCGCAAGUAGGUUUUAUUGAUUUCAUUGUGGAACCCACCUUCACUGUGCUCACGGACAUGACUGAAAAGAUUGUGAGUCCGUUAAUUGAUGAAACCUCCCAAACUGGUGGGAUAGGACAGAGGCGUUCAAGUUUGAACAGCAUCAGCUCGUCAGAUGCAAAGCGAUCAGGUGUCAAGAGUUCUGGGUCAGAGGGAAGUGCUCCAAUCAACAAUUCCGUCAUCCCUGUAGACUAUAAGAGCUUUAAAACCACUUGGACCGAGGUGGUGCACAUCAAUCGGGAGAGAUGGAGAGCCAAGGUGCCCAAAGAGGAGAAGGCCAAGAAGGAAGCAGAGGAAAAGGCCCGCCUGGCCGCGGAGGAGCAGCAGAAGGAAAUGGAAGCCAAGAGCCAGGCUGAAGAAGGCACAGCAGGCAAGGCUGAGAAGAAGACCUCUGGAGAAGCAAAGAAUCACGUCAAUGGAACACGCACAAACAAAAGCGACAACCCUCGCGAGAAGAAUUCCAAAGCCGAGAAGUCACCAGGAGCAAAGCAACAGAAUGGUGACUUGAAAGAUGGUAAAAAUAAGACAGACAAGAAGGAUCACUCUAACGUCGGAAAUGAUUCAAAGAAAGCAGAUGGCACUAAGCGACAUUCUCAUGGCUCACCUGCCCCAAGCACUAGCUCGACGAGUCGUCUGACCUUACCAGUCAUCAAGCCUCCUUUGCGUCAUUUCAAACGUCCUGCUUACGCAUCUAGCUCCUACGCACCUUCAGUCCCAAAGAAAACUGAUGAGCAUCCUGCAAAGUACAAGAUGCUGGAUCAGAGGAUCAAAAUGAAAAAGAUCCAGAACAUCUCACGUAACUGGAACAGAAAAUAGAUUCCGGGCAAGAAGAGAAGGAGUGAAGGAGGGCCCAGCCAGGUGCCUCUCAGCACUCACUGGCCACGGAGGAUGUGCCUCCAAGACCCUUGGACACAACUGGGGCAGGUACUAGCAUGGUUGACUUCACUAAGGCAAAUCAAAAGCCUUCGUGGUUCCCCUUUGUCAUUCCCUUAUACACUCAUCAAUGGUUGGAUUCAGGAUCAACUCAGACUUCAGCACCAAAUUAGUUAGAAGGCUGUUUCAUGUGGCUUUUAUGGUAUAGUCUUUCAGCAUCUAAAUGGGACCAAAAUUCAAAUGAUAAUGAUACAAACUGUUCAGAAAAAAUGAAAUUCUUCCUGGUGCCACUUUUUUCAUCCUUAAAGGUUGAAGUGCCCC